AUGGAUCAUUUACCACUACCAGAAGGUGUUGAUUGCUUUAUUGUUGCUCCUUACGAAGCUCCGGAGGUGGAAUGGUACGAUAACCAGGACUUUGUGGGCUUUCCAGAACGGAGAGGAUGGGCAGUCGAUCAACUCUUUCAUGGAUUUGACGUAACGAAAGAUGGCAAUAAAGCAAUUCAAAAGACGGAGGAAUUUUUCCAGACAUGGCUCUUUUUUGGACUUGUCAUUGACAUUUUAGCAAUGGGCGACAUCAUUGUAACCACGGAAGAUUUCCUCAAACGGAAGGGUACUCAAAAAGCGCGUAUUGUUGAUACAUCGAAGCUCCCGCCCCUUCUCGCGCAAUGGCAUGGGAAUAUUAAGAAAACCGAGGAAGAGUUAAGAAAUGUCAGACUUUCCUCGACAUGGGACAAACUCAAUGAGAAAUUUGAAACAGUGAAGACCGUAUUGGGCCGGUUUUAUGCUCCAAAUGUCGAGGAACAGAAUCAUGUUUGCCAAGUAAUGAGAGAUGAGAUUUCAACGACAAUAAUUGCCCUAGCCGUCUCAUUAAGACAAGCUGCUAUAUCAGCUCUCAGCCCAAGCAUCGACACAUCCUUAGCAUGGCCUGGGGCUUGUAUUCACUCCAAAAUCCUUGCGAACCGUCUAGAGCACAAAUGGUGCCUCGCUGAAGUGAGUACGAUUUUGAAAGAGCUCUCAAUUGAUGGUCAUUACUACACUGCUGCAGCACCGAGUCCAGGAGCGAGAUAUCUUGACGGGCAUUACAACUGUCGCCCGGAACGGUGCUUGCAUAUAACGAAUGAGAACCUCUACAUGACUCGGCAUGCAGAUCCACCAUGGCAUAAGGAUAACUGCACGGCGUCAAUUGAAUACGGUGGAAAUCUUAGUCCUGAUUUUGUAUCUACUACUGAAGUCACCGAUGGGGAUUGGGUACACGCUGUUUGUAGUAUAAUCGACAAAGGAGCAAUACCAAUAGCGCAUUGGCGGAAGGAUGUUGGACAGCUUUCUUCACUGGCAUACGAUGACAAAAUUGCAGCCGAAGAGAACGUUCCAUAUGUCGCCAUCUCACAUGUAUGGGCGGAUGGAAUGGGAAACCCUACUGGGAAUUGGUUACCGAAAUGUCAACUAGACCGCAUCACUAAUUUUAUUGAGAAUGUCACUUGCAGCCCCAGGGAAGGAGUUCCCCCAUCCAAGGAUAUUGGUUUUUGGAUGGAUACUUUAUGUGUCCCAGUCCAACCCGAAAACAAGGAGCGUCGAAAGAAAGCCAUCGCUAGUAUGCGUCAUGUAUACACCAAUGCACGCUGUGUGCUAGUACUUGACUCCUGGUUACAACAAAUCUCAUCUACUGCUCCUAUGCUGGAUAUCAUCAUACGCUUAUACCAGUCGAAUUGGUUAAAGCGUUUGUGGACUCAUCAAGAGGGCUUUUUGCCGUCUGCUGUCUACAUACAAUUCAGUGACCGAGCCAUGGAACUAGACGAUAUUAGAACUCAAUCUGAUGCCUAUGACAAGCUUUUGGUUUCAAAGGGAGUGUUUUUACAAUUUCCUGCUACCAUGAACGGAAAACUGGUCACCGAAUACUUGUUAUUCAAAGAGCUCAUCCAAAGUACGGGAAGAUCGGAAGAAGACAGAUGGAUGACCUACGGAGCUUUAGGAAAUUCAAUGUCCUGGAGACAGACCUCAAGACUAGCUGAUGAAACCAUUUGCCUGGCUACUCUUUUAGGGUUGAAUGUCGAACAAUUCCUCGAUAUCCCGGAUAAACCAGAUGAGGAAGCUGCAAAGCAACGCAUGGCCAUUUUCCUUCGGCAGAUGAAAAAGUUUGAUUCUUCCAUAAUAUUCAAUAAUUAUCAACGUCUCAACAUCCAGGGAUUCAGAUGGGCGCCAAAGUCGUUGCUGAAUUUUCGAACGGCGGAUCGAGGUAGUGGCGGCGGUAUGGGAAUUGCUGAGAUUCAAGAAAUAAAUAGCAAGCUGGGUCUUUUAGUUUACUGCGGAGGUUUCUUGAUUGACUUUUCCAAAAUCACAACGUCGUCAAAUUUUCAAGAUUGUCGUUCGUUUGCGGUUCAAUGCCAUUCGUCACCUUGGUCGUGGAGGGAUGUUGAUGGAAAGUGGUUAAUCGUUCAAUCAUCAACCAGCAAUUUUUCUUGGAGUACAUCGAAAAGAUAUGCGGUGCUUUUAUCCAAGUCACCAAAAGUCGGAGAGCCUGCUCGAGGAGUCGUUGGAUUGUAUAGUGGUCUGGAGGCUCGUGGUGAUGGGGAUGACGGUGAAGUGCAUUUAAUUGACCACCAGUCAAUGGCCACAGUGUUGGUUCUUGACCACUUGUCUCCAGGAAUUUAUGAAUUAGAGUCAUCGAUGUUCAAGUGGAGCACUCAAUGGCUAGUCAGAUGA